AUGACAGCAAACAUUGCAGAAUCAUUGAAUGCGGUAACAAAAGAUGCAAGAGAGCUGCUCGUAGUAGAACUAUUAGAGUACAUAAGGCUUCUUGAACGUUGGACUAAUGAAAAGUUAUUGAAAACAAAUGGUACGUUCACAUACCUUGGAAAAAAAAUACAACAAAGAGUUGGAGGACAACAAGACAUUAUCGCAGAAGAUGAGAGUAAUCUAUAUCCAGUGAGGGCUUCCAUAGAACACAUCUAUACAGUGAUAGAUGGUGUGGAGCGCUUUAUUGUUUGUCUUCAAAAUAAGAGAUGUAAUUGUGGACAAUUCCAGCUUGAUGAACUUCCUUGUGCACAUGCUUUGGUGGCUUUGAGGCAUAGGAAUGAGUCUUAUAACUGUUGUUCUCCUUAUUACACGAGGGAGAGCCUUUUGCUUUAUGAAAUACCAGUAGAUCUGUUGCUUGACGAAAACAAAUGGAAUGUGCAACAGCAUAUAGCUGAAAAAGUCGUAAUGCCACAUACUAGGAAAAGACAGUCAGAGAGACCUCAAAAACAAAGAUACAAAGCAUAUGAUGAAGUAAAUGCAAAGAAGUACAAGAUUUCACGUGGCAACUGCGAACUAGAAAUAUCUUGUAAGAAUACUCCCAAAAGGAAAUAA